GAACAGUUCGCCGCUACAUGGCUUAAACCACGACAUUCCAACUGGCUGGAUUUCAACAUUGCACAUGCUAGAGUGUCUGUACAAGCCGCAUAAAGUUGUGAAUGAUUUUGUCAUGCCCUAGAUCGCUUCAGCAGGGAGCAUGUGCUGUUUCAAGGUAAGGUAGUGGCAGCUUAUGCUGUUCAUGCUGCAGUUGUUCUUCAUCCCCUUCAUAUUUAUCUUAGAACAGACGCUGACGCUCAUGCAGCCAGGGGUGUUGGUGAAAUAAAAACAGCUAACGCGUCUUGCAGUCCACCCUGUAGCUGUUGAAGACCCACAAGGAGAAAGUCACUUGGAGGAGGAGGAUGAGGAGCUGCCACUGGAUGAGAAGACGGUUUUUCAGGAUAAUGAUGACAGUGACACUGGCCCAGACCCAAUCUUCUCACUGAGAGAGUGGAGUCAGAAAGAACUGGCUCCUCAGUCAUGCUGGCCAGAGCUAUAUAGUAACUUGCAUUCUACCAUGACAGGCGCAUCAUUGACAUCAAGCAAUCUGAUGAUUUCUGGAUAGCCAUGCUUUUGGACCUUCACUAUCAAAGCAAAAUGGGGGAAAGGUUUCCUCCCUCCCAAAGGUUUACCAUGAAUGAAAAGAUGGAUAUGAACAUAUCUUUGAUAUGGACCAAGAAAGCCAUCAACAGGAUCCAGACUAAUGCAGAUGAAAACAUAACUUAUGUGGAUUUCUAUCUUCAUCGACCUUCUGUAGCAGCAGUGUUCAUUAUCUCAUACUUGCUCAUCUUUAUCUUCUGCAUGCUUGGCAAUGGAGUCGUGUGCUUCAUUGUUCUCAGCAGCAAGCAUAUGAGAACAGUUACUAAUCUUUUCAUCUUAAACCUUGCGGUCAGUGAUCUGCUAGUUGGGAUCUUCUGCAUGCCCACAACCUUACUAGAUAACAUCAUUGCAGGUUGGCCUUUUGGAAACACAAUAUGUAAAAUGAGUGGAAUGGUUCAGGGAAUUUCUGUUUCUGCCUCUGUUUUCACAUUGGUUGCAAUAGCUGUGGACAGGUUCCGCUGCAUUGUGUAUCCUUUCAAGCAGAAGCUAACCAUUUCCACUGCUGUUGUCAUUAUCACAGUGAUCUGGGUCCUGGCUAUCGCUAUCAUGUGUCCAACUGCAGUUAUGUCUCAUGUCAAAGAAGAUAAACACUUUCGAGUAAUUCUUGGCAUUAACAAUCAAACAGGUCCUGUUCAUUGGUGUCAUGAAGACUGGCCUAAUCCAAAGAUGAGAAAGAUCUACACAACAGUGCUGUUUUCUAACAUUUAUCUUGCUCCCCUGUCUCUCAUUGUAAUUAUGUAUGCCAGAAUAGGUAUUACCCUGUUUAAGAGUGAACUGAAUGUUGAAAGUAAAAAUCACCAACAGCAAAGGCAUGCUGUUUCCCGACGGAAGCAAAAAGUCAUCAAAAUGCUCAUUAUUAUUGCUUUGCUGUUUAUAUUGUCUUGGCUACCUUUAUGGACCCUGAUAAUGCUUACUGACUAUGCCAACUUGACAGAAAAUCAAUAUCAAAUCAUUAAUAUUUAUAUCUAUCCAUUUGCACACUGGUUGGCUUUUUUCAAUAGCAGUGUCAAUCCCAUCAUCUAUGGUUUCUUUAAUGAGAACUUCAGACGUGGUUUCCAGGCUGCCUUCAAGCUUCAGCUGUGCUCAGAAGAAAUGGAAAGGAGAAAUAUGUAUUCACAUCGGGCACAAGGCAAUGCCAUCUUACCAGCAACUUCACAAGAUCCCGGGCGGCAAGAUUCAGCCUUUGAUAAACAAAGCAGUGAUGUUAAGGAAUCUGAUAAAAGAAAACCAUUGACAAGCGACCAAGACUUAAUUAUGGAAGACUUGGAAAAAAAUUCUAAUAACAAUGGGAUUCAGAAAGACAUGCUUUGAAAAGUUCACUAGAACUGAGGCAUGGAUUUCAUUUUCAAAAGACUCCUUUCAACAUCUAUUUAUCUAUUAUCAUGUUCAAAACAUAUGCAUACAUGACGUACAUAUUUAUGUUGACUAGUAACUUUUUUGUAAGGUGCUUUGUAUAGCCGCCACAUUGAAUG